CAACACAUCAUACCUCUCAUAAGCACUGCAAAUAUGUCUACCCAAUCUCGCGCUUGCUGCACGAUUCCGCCGAUUGUUUCGGAUAGUUACAAAGAGAAGGGCGAAUACAUCACCGUCGAUGGAUUGAAGACCUAUGUGACUGGUCCAGCUACUGCCACCAAGGCGAUCCUCUUGAUCUACGAUAUCUUUGGAUUCUUCCCUCAAACACUUCAAGGCGCGGACAUCCUUGCGUUGAGCGACAAGGACAACCAAUAUCAAGUUUUCAUCCCAGACUUCUUUGAUGGCCAGCCAGCGGACAUCUCUUGGUAUCCUCCGGACAACAAGGAGAAGGAGGCAAAGCUCGGCGAGUUCUUCAGUACCAAAGCCGCACCACCAAAGACCGUUGAACGUCUACCAAAGGUCCUGAAAGACAUCGAAUCGCAACGCAGCUCCAUCAAGACCUGGGGUGUCCUCGGCUUCUGCUGGGGUGGCAAGAUUGUCAACCUGACCUCGCAAAAGGACACACCCUUCAAGGCGGCCGCCGUCGCUCACCCCGCCAUGGUUGAUGCCAACGACGCCGCAGCCAUCACCAUCCCGAUCGCCAUGCUGCCCAGCGGAGACGAGCCCAAGGAGGACGUGCAAAAGUGGCAGGAGGCAAUCAAGGUGAAGCACGUGGUCGAGUGGUUUCCCAACCAAAUUCACGGCUGGCUUGCGGCACGCGCGAACCUGUCUGACCCUGCGGUCGAGGCGGACUACAAGAAGGGAUACGAGUACUUGCUCAACUGGUUCCACGAGAACCUGUAGAGGCUCUGUGACAAAAUGAUAAAACAACCUGUCUGAAAAGGGCACGAGAGCUAGGCUCAUGAAAUAAAAAAGAUACGUCGGGGAUGAAUGUCAUCUCAACACAUUUGAAGCGUCUUUGAAUCUUGUAUAAAAAUGUGGUUGGUAGUCUUGUAUCGCUUGAUCACCGACCAGUGUCUUUCGUAUGUCGUUGCAUAACAUAUUUCACUGAGCAAAGCAGAAAACCCCCUUUGC